AAACUGUGUGUCAAAGCCGCAAAGACACGUGGUAAUAGCAGUCUGGAAAGCAUCUGGCUUUGUUUCAGCAUGCUGAAACAAGUAGCGUCUAGCCAUCCUGGCUGCAUGGUUGGUCAGCAAUCUCCAGCACUUGCAGACACUGCCAAGUGAUUUCACAUGCCUUAUUUCACGUGAUUGUCACAACCACCUAGAAAGGUAGAGCAGGAGACUGAAUGGGACACGGAGAAGGCACGUUACAGAGCUACUAACGCUCAGAGGUUGGAUUUGAACGGAGAUCGUCAAAGCUGCAGUUCUUUCUCUGUCAUCAGUCUCCUCGGAGCUGGGCCAGGGUCCUGAUGCUGAGUACCCAAAGCGCGCGCACCUGCGCCGGAGCAAGACAAGCCAGCCAAUGAGGAAACCGUAUCUAGGAGGCGGGACGGAGAAGUUGCCAAUGACAGAGCCUGCCCCCAGAGAGAUACGGCUAAUGAGGGCCUCGUGCCGAAGAGGGACUGCCGCUUGUCCAAUAAGAAGCUGUGACCAGCGAGGCUGGAAGGCGGAACAGCCAGCUGGGCGCUGGGGCGGGGCGGGGAGCCCAGCGCCAACCCGCCAGUGCCCGAGCCCCGGCAUGCUGCCCCCAUCGCUGCCCGCCAUGGCCCACGCUGCCCGGCUCCUCGCCGCGCUGGCCGCGCUCCUCGCUGCCGCCGCUACAGGCGAUGCCCGGCCCAGUAAAAUCGCUGUGGUUGGAGCUGGAAUCGGGGGCUCUGCUGUGGCCCACUUCCUCCAACAGCACUUUGGCCCCCGGGUGCAGAUCGACGUGUUCGAGAAGGGGACCGUGGGCGGCCGCCUAGCCACCAUCUCCGUCAACAAGCAGCACUAUGAGAGUGGCGCCGCCUCCUUUCACUCCCUGAGCCUCCACAUGCAGGGUUUCGUCAAGCAGCUGGGGCUGCGGCACCGGCGCGAGGUGGGAGGCAGGAGCGCCAUCUUCAAUGGGGAGAACUUCGUGCUGGAGGAGACAGACUGGUACCUGCUGAACCUCUUCCGCCUCUGGUGGCACUACGGCAUCAGCUUCCUGAGACUGCAGAUGUGGGUGGAGGAGGUCAUGGAGAAGUUCAUGAGGAUCUAUAAGUACCAGGCCCACGGUUAUGCCUUCUCGGGUGUGGAGGAACUGCUCUACUCACUGGGAGAAUCCGCCUUCGUCAACAUGACCCAGCGCUCCGUGGCUGAGUCCCUGCUCCAGGUGGGCGUCACCCAGCGCUUUAUCGACGACGUAGUCUCCGCCGUCCUGCGGGCCAGCUACGGCCAGUCAGCAGCGAUGCCCGCCUUUGCCGGAGCCAUGUCUCUAGCGGGGGCCCAGGGUAGCCUGUGGUCUGUGGAGGGAGGCAACAAGCUGGUUUGUUCUGGUCUGCUGAAGCUCACCAAGGCCAACGUGAUCCAUGCCACGGUGACCACUGUGACCCUGCAGCCAACAGAGGGGAAACCCUUGUAUCGGGUCAGGUAUGAGAAUGAGGCGGGCACGGGCUCUGACAACUAUGACAUAGUGGUCAUCGCCACCCCCCUGCACCUGGACAACAGCAGCACCAUCGCCUUUGAAGGAUUCGACCCACCCAUCGAUGUCGUCCAGGGCUCUUUCCAGCCCACUGUCGUCUCCUUGGUCCAUGGCUACCUCAACUCUUCCUACUUUGGCUUCCCCGACCCUAAGCUUUUCCCCUUUGCCAAUAUCCUUACCACAGAUUUCCCCAGCUUCUUCUGUGCCCUGGACAACAUCUGUCCUGUCAACAUCUCAGCCAGCUUCCGGCGGAAGCAGCCUCAGGAGGCCGCUGUUUGGCGAGUCCAGUCCCCCCAGCCCCUCCUCCGGUCCCAGCUGAAGACCCUCUUUCGCUCCUAUUACUCAGUCCAGACGGCCGAAUGGCAGGCCCACCCCGUCCAUAGCCCCCACACCCCUCUCCCACGGUUCACACUGCAUGACCAGCUCUUCCACCUCAAUGCCCUGGAGUGGGCGGCCGGCUCCGUGGAGGUGACGGCUGUGGCUGCCAAGAACGUGGCACUGCUGGCCUUCAACCGCUGGUACCAGGACCUAGACAAGAUUGACCAAAAGGAUUUGAUGCACAAGGUGAAGACUGAGCUGUGAGGGCUCCGAGGAGAGCUGGAAAUGUCCAGCCUCUGCUGAAGAAGGACUCCCUUCACAACAGCCAAGAUUGUAUAAGCCACGUGCACCCACAGAGUCCUUCUCUGACCCCUCCUGUGUGGAGUGUCCUUUCCCUCCAGUGUGGGUCCCGGUGACCUACUCUCUGCCUUUGCAUCUUAAGGAUUCUCACAGUGAUGGUUUUUUUUUUGAAGGGGGAGAGUUAAAGAAGGGGAAGAACAUUCAAGCCAAUGUAUUCACUUAUUUAUUUUUUUUUUUUUAAGAAGAAAUAAAAGUCCAUCUUAAGCUG